UUCGAAUAAGGCCCUUGAGCUGAACGCUGCUAAAAGGAAUUUUCCAUUUCAUUCCUAUACGAACGGGGCGCUGGUCCAAAGUCUUCCGCGUAUAAAAUCAUAACUCCAAGAGAAAAAGGAAAGACGUCUUUUUUCUGCAGAGGUAUCUGAAAGAACAGGGAAAGUGGGCUGGUGUAGCUACAUGGAAUUCGUUUGCUGGAAGAGGAGGAGUAUGACUGUAAUUAAAUGAAAAAAAAAACUUGAGACUGAUUUGUUAGGAUCGAGCAGUCGGGAGGGUGUUACCGGUCGAUAUUAUAUCAAGUUUGAAAAGCAAAUACGGGAUCAGAAAUUUGGCGCCUUCAAGUUUUUAUAAUAUACUUUUGAACGAUUUCCUCCCCGCCUGGAGACUGGCUUCGUUUUAGAUUCCGGUAUUUUCCCCCCUUUCCCUCGGUACAAGGGGAGCAGGAGAUUCGCUGUGGAUGUUACCGGACUUAAUGACGUUAUUUAAAUUAAAAUCAGAUAUGUCGUCUGGCAUCGCUUAAUGAAACUGCUUGGAUCCUCAAAGUUGUUUGACGCCCUUGGAUUAGACAUCUUUUUAUGAGACUAACUUUGCAUAUCCCUGCAUGCUGCGCGAACAGGAAUGAAUCGAUAAAAAUCAACCCACAUGCUGGACUUUUGUAGCUGAGUGAGAUAACUUUCGGUUAAGCACGGUGAUGUAUUCUCCAAUUUGUCUGACACAGGAUGAGUUCCAUCCGUUCAUCGAGGCCCUCCUCCCGCACGUCCGCGCCAUCGCCUACACCUGGUUCAACCUGCAGGCGCGGAAGCGCAAGUACUUCAAGAAGCACGAGAAGCGGAUGUCCAAGGACGAGGAGCGGGCGGUGAAGGACGAGCUGCUGGGCGAGAAGCCCGAGAUCAAGCAGAAGUGGGCGUCCCGCCUGCUGGCCAAGCUCCGCAAGGACAUCCGGCAGGAGUACCGCGAGGACUUUGUGCUCAGCGUCACCGGCAAGAAGCACCCCUGCUGCGUGCUCUCCAACCCCGACCAGAAGGGCAAGAUCCGCCGCAUCGACUGCCUCCGGCAGGCCGACAAGGUGUGGCGCCUGGACCUGGUGAUGGUCAUCCUGUUUAAGGGCAUCCCUUUGGAAAGUACCGACGGCGAGCGGCUGGUCAAGUCGCCGCACUGCACCAACCCGGCACUUUGCGUCCAGCCGCACCACAUAACGGUGUCCAUUAAGGAGCUGGACUUGUUUCUCGCCUACUACGUCCAGGACCAAGACUCCCAGCAGUCAGGAAGUCCCAGUAACAAUGAGCCUGGCAAAAACCCUCCAGGUUACUUGGAAGACAGCUUCAUCAAAUCAGGAGUCUUCACUGUUUCUGAGUUGGUGAGAGUUUCCAGAACCGCCAUCACACACGGAGCGGCGGUGAACUUCUCCAUAACCGACAUGCCGAGCCAGCCGUACUACCACGACCUGAACUCCGGCGUCGGGCUCCACCGGUCUCUGUCGUCGCCACACGGCAGCAAACGGCCCAAGACCAUCGCCAUCGAGGACAGCAUGGAGACCAGCCCGUCGGGGGACUUCUACUCCUCUCCCAGCUCCCCAGCCAGCGGCAGCAGGCCCUGGCAUGAGAGAGACCAAGACAUGUCGUCUCCCACCAUGAAGAAGCCCGAGAAGCCAUUGUUUAGCCCCACCUCCCCGCAGGACUCUUCCAGAAUGAGCACUUUCCCCCAGCACCACCAUCCAGGGCUAACGGGGGUGGGACACAGCGGUACGUACCACCAGCCAGGCCUAACGGGGGUUGGACACAGCGGUACGUACCACCAUCCAGGCCUAACGGGGGUGGGACACAGUGUGAUUUCAACAAGGAGCCCGCCGCCGCACUCUCCCCUGCAGUUUUCUGCCCCCGCCAUACUUCCUCCUGCCCCGACGACUUACUUCACCCACCCCACCAUCCGCUACCCGCCCCACCUCAACCCCCCCGACGCCCUGAAGAACUACGUACCGCCGUAUGAUCCGUCCAGCCCACAGAGCAGCCAGCCCAACAGCAGUGGCCAGGUUGUGGGGAAGGUGCCCGGGCACUUCACCCCGGUGCUGGCUCCCUCCCCACACCACAGCGCAGUGCGCCCCGUCUCUCUCUCCAUGCCCGACACCAAACCCAUCACCACAUCCGCUGAAGCCUACUCAUCCCCAGGAACCCCCACGGCCAACCGUUUUGUCGGACUGAGCUCCAGGGAUCCAGCGUUCCUACACCAGCAGCAGCUGAGGAUAUGUGACUGGACCAUGAAUCAAAACGGCAAGCAUUAUUCCCCCACUGCCACUGAGGAUACUAUGGGAAUUACUUGGCAAAGUCCUGGUACCUGGGCGAGCUUAGUCCCGUUCCAAAUGUCGAACGGGACUCCGAUUCUGCCAGCAAGUGUGCAGAACUACAGCAUAAACAUCAUUGGUGAGCCCUUCCUUCAGGCAGAGACCAGUAACUGAAAUCCGGCUGGAACAGGAAGCAAGGAAGAAAGGAAGGAAGUCAUCUGAACUUAAGGGACAAAACCAGCAAGCAGCACUUAUACAAUCUGCUGUGUGUUCCCUACAGGGACACUGGCCAUGAACACUACAAGGUGAAGCGGUCUGGCUACGUAUUGUUGCUCACCCCAGACAGUCUUUGUGUGGAGAAAUCCCCUCCCCCCCCAUCUCCCCCCCCCCCUCCCCUGUCAAAUACUGUGAUUGACCCGAUAAACGACUUUAGAUGCCUUAAUGUUUGCAUGAUAUGCUAGUUUCUGUUAGUACUUUUCUCAAUGUUUCGGAAGCGCUAGUCCUAGUUUGAAGACAGGCUGAGACGGUUCGAUAAACGCGUAAAGACUGGCUGAGAUCAGGCCGUGUGGGCGGGGCCUAGCGUCGCCUCCACAGGCUCACACGCCAAUCCCGCUCACCGCAUUUUCAUAGGAACAGCAUGUGAAAAUCAGACUCAUUUCUUAGAUCCACAGUUCAGUUUGUUUAUGUUUUGUUUUCCAUAUUUUUAACCUGUAAUCCUGUUGAACCAGUGCUGAUAUUUAGUUAAACGUAAAGGUGAUCAUGUACACUAAAAGAGUUAUGAACUCUUAAAAUAAUAACGUGAGAAAAAGAAACCUAUAUUAUUAGGUUAUGAAAAAUUUUCCCCUUUCGGUGCAGAAUGCAUUUAGAUAUUUCCUUUUAAAAAAGGUGUAAAAAAAAAGACAAAAAAGAAUCUCUUGAGAGGCAAGUGCAAUUUAUGUAAUAACUGAAGGGAAGCUAUGGCAGUCUACCACCCCUGAGACACUAAAAUGAAGGGGAUUCAAUGUUUUUAAGAAAACAAAAAAAAAACAAUUUUAGGUUGCAUCCUCAAUUUAAAUGGGAUCGAUGAGAAAAUGCAGAUGUCUGUGCAAAACAGGGAGCUUAUAGCCUGAACACAAAUAACUAUGAAUCAAACGGCACUUAUAUUCUAUUGAGCCUUGUCCCUCAGUCUGAGGGCAGCUUUUAUUUAUAUUUGUAAAAAAUCAAAACUACAAAAAACGGGCAGAAUGAGACGCAAACUCUCUGCGAAACGACUCGCGCUUUCUGGGAGUGAUCGACCUUUCGACCCCUCGUGCUUCUGAAGCUACUGUUUACAAAAACAAACUUUUAAAAUAAGUAAAUAAAUAAAAAAUACGAAUGCGGGCUGUUUGAGCAAUUAAAAAGAAAUAAAUUUUAAAAAACGAGCGCUCGUUGUCUAUAACACGCGUUCGGCGAAACGCUAAUCUAGGGGGAGCCGAAGAGAUGCAUGGUGCUUUAGUGAAAAACGUAAAUCCAGCGGGUCACAGUGGCCCCCGGUCACGGUCAGAGUUCGCAGUGGCCCUCGGUCACGGUCAGAGUUCGCAGUGUGCACGGCAGAAACUUUGCCUUCAAAUCUCCAGUCCAGAUAUAUAAAUAUAAAUAUAUGUGUAACUCCUCUUUCCAAUAAUCUUUAUUUGCACGAAGAUAAUAUAGUCCACAUUACGUGCCUUUCCUGUGAAUAUAGAAGAACUUCACUACACUUGUUUUUUGCUGCAUUUAUUACCAUUUUAAGAAUUAACAUUUUUAUGAUAAGAAAAAAAAAAACUAUUUUGUACUCCGGAUGAAAUUGUGACAUCAUUGAUUUUAACUACAUUUACUACUUUAAUUCACAUUUAUAAUGCAUAUCAUGGCUGUGUACAGUUGCCGUUUUAAAGUUCAUAAUCAAUCAGCAUUAUUUUUCAGUAUUUUGGUGGUUUUUCUAAUAACCCUUCAUUUUUUUGUUUCUUCAUCUUCCAGUUACUAUAUGGGGGGUUUCAAAUGUAUAAGAAUUAUGCAAUACCAAGUUUUGCCUAUUAUAAGUAGUGCUUUUAGCUCUGUUGAUUAUUAGAAAAGCUAGUAUGGAGAUAGUAUGGACAAUAUUGUACACAAUUAUUUUGUCGAUGUUGUUGGUGUUGUUGACCUUGUUGUUGUUGUUGUUUAGUUUUUUUCCCUUUAUUUUGUUUAGUUGACCUAAGAGGGAGCUGCUUACUAUGCAGUGUGUGACAAGGUCUUUUUUUUUACUGUUCUGAGAGAUCGAGAGGAAUAAUUCGUUUUUGUUUUUUUCAUUUUCUUUUUCGAGGGGUGGGGCCAGGGGGGAGGGGGGGCUUUGAAUAAUCCAACUUAAUUAAUUAAACUUUACAGCACGCCUGUGAAGAAUGCACCCUUGGUCUUAGACGGCUGCAAAGUCACUGAUCUGUCUACUGUGACAAACUGGGUCCUCCUUUUAAAAAUCUCACCUGGGGUGCUAGCGAGAUGACUGGACGAAGCUCAUUCACACAGGAGAAGGAGGCGCGACUUGAGUGAAGACAAUCAUUAAGAACCACUCAAAAGAAACACAAAAAAAAAAAUCCAUUUAGAAACUAUAUGCAAAUCAAUUCCUAAGCAGAUGCCUUAAAAAUAUAAGUGACUUGUUAACGUAUUACAAUCACCGACACGCCGAUGCGUAUUAGAAAUAAAUAUAAAUACAAAUCAAUCAGCUUGGCUAAUAUUCAGAGAUCAGGUCUCCCAGUUCCUAGCGUUUAAUAUGCACUACAGCUGUUUUUUUGUGUCUGUGAAUCCGGGGAUAAAACUGUCCUUGUGGAGAAGCCAUGAUUUUAAAGCUUUGAGUUUUUUAUUUUAUUUUUAUUGAGCUAAACCGAGGGCUUCAGGGAAAGAAACUUGAUCACCCUGAUGGUCCCUGUCUUUUUGUAGGCAAUCAUCCGCCGUAUUUGUUUUUUUAACACUCACAUUGAUGGUUAAAUCGGUUCAAAAAUAAUAAAAUCUCAGGCAUAUUACAUGUACCAGGGCAUUAACAAUUAUAAUAGUAAAAAUCCCAUUAAACGUCAAGGCGAUUCUUUGCUACCUAAUGUGAAUUAAGUGUCGUCCUUCCUCUCUUUGACACAAUUUGCACUCUUCUCUGAUUCUUGCGUAUGUCGGGUGAGCUUAGCUUGUCUAGACCUUACUCCACCUGUAGUACACAUACACGCACACACAGAGUACACAUAAACACAGUGCAGUGGUCUAUAAAAUAAAUAAACUCAAGUCAAGCUUCAUUUCUCCUCUAACAUCAAUAUGCUGAUUCUGAUUUGGGAAAAAAAUCAAAAUAAUUAUUGUUAAAAAAAAAUUUAAAAAAAGUUUAUAAAUUCUUUUAAAAGUCACCCCGUUCUAUGUGCACUGUUCUGCCUUUAGUUUAGUGUUUUGGAGAAAAAAACGUAAGUGCUUUGCAGCCCUUGGGCCAUUGGCCUUGCCACUGAAGUGCAUUGUCCCUGCGCGCGACACGGAUGCUCGGGGUCAGUUUCGGGAGGAGAAUGCAGUGAAGGAGUCCAUCGUGUACAUAAAGGCUAAAUCGUGGUGGCGGUAGCAUAGCAAUAGUUCUUUGGGUGUUCACUGCUCUCCCAGCUCUGUGAAAUGUGUGUUUUGAAUGACUCUGAAGCUGCAAGAGUAGAAUCGAUGGUUUUUUGAUUGAAAUACCAGCCUUGUAGACAGCAGUUUGUACACUGUAUAGCUUUUUUAAAAAUCCUUUUUUUUUUUUUUUUGAUGCCCUUUUUUUAAAGGUAAACUUUUUGACUAACGAUUAUGUGUUGCUUCCAUUUUUCAGAGAAAAAAAUAAAACAACAUCAUAGAAACUGGACUUGAGUUACAACUCUCCAGGUUCUGUUAAUUUAUGAUUUUUUUAAAAACUAUUGUCCAUUUUUUGAAAUCCUGUACUUAAAGUAGAGGAAAGUUAUCCUUUACCAAACUGUAAAUGGUGAAAAGUUAUAUUUUAUGAAGGUCUUUUUGUGUUUAGUGUUGAUUAGCUUGGUUUUUUGAAACAUUUCAUAAAUGUUGGAAGUGUUGUUUUUGUUUCUGUGGCCAUAGAUAAAAUUAUUGUGUUUUUUUUUUUUCCAAAUGGAAAGAAUAUUCGAAUUUCUGAUGAGGGUGACAUUGGGUAUUAUUAUCGAACAAUCAGAACAGCGUUGACGUAACAGAAUGAGGUUGCGUGCUUUCUUCCUCUUUGUAGUGAUCGCCAGGGGGUUUAUUUGAAAUGACAUCACUUCUGUUCUCUGGUCCCUUAAUGAGUUGGGGGAAAACAUGCACGGUUGAAUAGUGACAUGUGAAUGAUGGGAUUCCAUUAUACAGUGUACAGGGUUUGUUUUUAUUUUUUUGUUUUUUCUUCCUGUAAAAAAAAAAAAAAAAAAUGACAGGAUAAUCCAGUGUUGCUGUCAGCUAAGCCCUACCAUUCCACACAUUUUUACAUAUCUGCUGUGAUCAUUGAUGAACGACAAAUGCGCUCAAAUGAACGGUAUUGGCUGACCUAAGCGGUGCUGAGUGUCCUGCUUCACAGCCGGUGGAGGGCCCUUCCUGAAAGGUCGGCCAUUGGUUGAAAACGGAGUGGAAACGAAGCCUGCUUUCACGUGCUUUUACUCCCAUUGACGUCGAGAUUUACUUUGCUAUCGAGGAGGAAUUCAGUGAAUGGCUGAAUAUUUGCACUUUCUGAUAGUUUCCCUGUUGCUUUACUAGUAUAUGUAUUGUUGGCAUCUGGUACGCAUGUUCAGUGCACCUCUUUGCCCUUUGACCUUCCACCACUUCCUGGAUCAGUGUUCUUCACAUACGCCCUUGGUUGCUCUCUUCUCUGCUACAACUCACAAUGUUACUUACAAGGGGAAAAGGAUGGGGAUGGUCAGUUUGUUCUUUUUUCCUUUUUUGCUGCCAUUUCAUACAUUUUAGUAUUUUUUUUAAAGGGCUGGUAAAGGUUAAAAAAAAGGUUAAAAAUCUAUGGUAAUAAUUAUGUACACAUUUGCUAUAAUUUCACACCAUUACAUAUAUUAUUUCUGAGAGUGACACUGGCCCAUUACAUGAGAGGUUCAUGAGUCUAGUCCUUACAGGACAGAAAUUCCUGUUUGAUCAUAUGGGCGUGGCCAUUGGAAACCCUUGAUUUUUCCAUAUGCAAGGAGGACCAGUGACACUAAUGCAAUCUGUAAUUCCUGAAUUUUUAUUGAAUGUGUGGUUACAAAAUACUCUGCUACAGGGACUAUGGUAAAUGUAUUAGCAAGCUGCAGACAGACUUUAAGAGGUAUGUUCUACAUCAACAAGUGUUUUAUUUUAGAGGGCAUUGACUGCAGCCUAGACAGACUGUGUAAACAAGUGUGACAGAAAACCAGCAUAUGUAACGUUUACCAAAAAAAAAAGGAACUUUCUUUUUCUUUUCUUUUUUUCAAAAAGCGAUAUUAAAGCAGUGCCUGUUGAACAUUAGUCUCAGUGGAGUUAAGUUGUAAAUAAAGUUCUUGAUAGUUUUUUUGUCAGAAAACAACAAACAGAAUGUGUGGGGCACCUCUUCCCUUGUUUUUUUUUUUCCCCCAUGUGUAAAGUUUUUGGAAGUGAGUCUUCAACAAAGCGUGUGCUUCGUUCAUUUGAAUCUUUUAGCCAGCUAGGAUGGAGUGCCCCUGUCUCUCUUGAUAUUUCUCUGAGGAAAAAAAAAAUUUAGUAGGGCAGUGUGUUUCUUUAGAUUGUCAAUGCUACAGUACAUUUAGUACAACGUUAGGUGAUGAGUUGUCAGUUUAAAAAAAAAAAAAAAAAAAAAAAUGCUUGCUAACCACACAGCAGGGUUGAUCCAUUUUGGUUCUUGUGGCACUUUUGAA